AUGAAAGAAGAAAUUGAGCACAGAGAGGUAGCCGAACUGGACGAGGAAGACAUCCAGAGUGAACUCAAUGAGAAGCCAGAGGCCACUGAAGAGAAGUUGUCUGUUCUCGAGCAAAUCAAACAAGCAAAAGGUGUACUCAAGUACAUGCUGAUUAUUUAUGUUGGUGCAACUGGAGUUGGUAUCGAUGCGUUACUGUUCAGUCUCUUGCUGGGAGAUGAGGGGUUCAGAAAACGUUACGGAUAUUGGAAUGAAGGGUCGCAGUCCUGGGUUAUCAAAGCGGUCUAUCAGUCGGGGUGGAACGGUGGUUCCCAAGGUGCUCAGAUCUUUGGUUCCCUCUUUUCAGGUCAAAUGAGUGACGUUAUUGGCAGACUCAACACACUUCGUGUUGCCUGUGUUAUUGCCAUAGCGGCUGCGAUUGUUGAAAUUACUGCUAAAACUGCUGCAAUUUUGGUUGCAGGUAAAGUCAUAAUGGGUCUUAGUGUUGGUAUUAUGAUCACUGUUGUGCCUCCUUACCUUUCAGAGCUGUCACCACCUAAUCUCAGAGGUUAUGGUGCUAUUGGUAUCAAUUUUUCCAUGUGUUUUGGUCAAUUACUGGCCGCCAUCACGGUAAUGGCGUGCAGCAAAUCAUACACCGAUAUCGAUGACAAAAGGUCAUAUACCGUCGCAAUGGCGAUUCAGUUCAUCCUGGUAUCAGUGUUCUUGAUGUUGUCCCCUCUUUUGCCUGAAUCUCCUACGUUGUUGGUUCAAAAAGGAAAUUUGGACAAAGCCCAAGCCAACAUCGCACGGCUCUACGGUGACACCACAGACUAUGAUAAAGAGGCUCAUUUUGAUGAGCUGGUUGCUCAAGUACAAAAGGAGACUAUCGAACACGAGCUGAGCAAACAAGUUUCCUAUCUUGAAGUGUUCAAAGGAAUGAACCUCUGGAGAACGUUUCUUUGUUCUGUGGUGAUCACAGGUCAACAAUGGGUCGGUAUGAGCUUUGUGUUGCCUUACAUCAACUAUUUCUUUGAAAAUGCAGGAAUCUCUUCUUCAAAUGAAAAGACUGUGGGAAACUUCACAGUUGCAGUUGGAGGUAACAUCUUGUCGUACUUCAUUCUUCAAAGGUUCCCUAGAAGAGGCAUGUUCGUUGGUGGUGUUGCUUUUCUAACCGUCAGCAAUCUCAUUAUUGGGUGUAUGACAUACGCAAGUUCAUCUGCAGCUGGGUACGUGGUUGUUGUGUUCAUCUUCCUUUGGUCUUUUGUUUAUCAAUUUUCAGUUGGCGCAAAUGCCUAUGCUAUUCUUGUUGAAAUUCCAUCUUCCCGUUUACUUGCAAAAUCAAUUUCAAUUGCAUCUAACGUGAACAAUCUGGUCGGCUUUGGUUUGGGAUAUCUUAUCCCAUACUUGUACAACCCAGAUGAGGUUAAUCUUGGAUUGAAAAUUCAAUUCGUUUGGAUGGCUACCGGUGCAGUCUUGUUCUUCGUCGCACUAGCCUUUUUGCCUGAAACUAAAGGCAGAACUGCUUCUGAAAUGGACCAAAUGUUUGAGAACAAUGUUAAUCCUCUUCACUUUGACAAGGUGAAGUUUACAGUUGAUGGUGAUAUCAUUCACAGCACUGUCAGGAAAGGGUAUUUUACAUGGUUGAAGCGCAAACCCUUCAGAAGCUCAUCUUCCGACUAA